CUCAUCAUCUCUUCCACCCCCUCCUCCAUGUCCUCGAAACAGAAGGGACUCGGGGCAUGGUACGACCGCCUCACAAACUGGAGCGUCGAGGACAUCUUCUCCCGCGUUCGUCCUCCGGGACCCCCGCGCACCGUCUUCGUCAACGAGCCCCUCCCACACGAUUAUUAUGACCACAAACACAGGAUCAAGAAAGAUCACCUCUAUGCUACUAACCAAGUCAUCACCUCCAAGUACACAAUCCUCACCUUCCUCCCGAGAAACCUCCUCGAACAGUUCCGCCGCGUCGCAAACAUAUUUUUCUUGGCCAUCGCCAUCCUCCAGUUCUUCAACAAGUUCUCUACCAUCUCUCCCGGCCUCGUCAUCCUCCCGCUUCUAGUCGUCUGGGGCAUCACCGCGCUCAAGGACGGCUAUGAGGACAUCAAGCGCCACCAGUCCGACCGUCGCGUCAACCACUCUGCGGUCCGCGUGUUGACCGGCGGCGGAUGGGAGAACCCGAAUGGCAUGGCGAAGAAAAGCAAAACGUUUGUGCGCGCGCUCACGCGCCGGCGCAAGCGGGCGGGCGCGAACGCGGCGGGAGAGGUGCACGAGGGCACGUCCGAUAUCGAGAUGCUGCAGCACGGCGCGCCCCCCGAGGCGCUCUCGCCUGCGAACGAGGUGUCUGGCCCCGUGCACCCCGACGUGGAGUACGACGACGGGAAGCCCGCGGGGUCGGACCCGGGGCGCGCGCACUGGAAGCGCACGCUGUGGGAGGACGUGCGCGUCGGCGACAUCGUGAAGAUCGUGGACCACGAGGCGCUGCCCGCGGACGUGCUCAUCUGCGCGACGAGCGAGGACGAGGACGUCGCGUUCGUGGAGACGAAGAACCUCGACGGCGAGACGAACCUCAAGUCCCGCCACGCGACACCCGCGCUCACGUACAUGCGCGACGCCGCCGCGUGCGUGGACACCUCGCAGGGCGCGUUCCAGGUCGACUGCGAUCGCCCGGAGCCGCAUAUGCACAAGCUCAACGCGGCGGUCGUGACGCACGGUGGGGAGGCGCGCGUGCCGGUGGACUUGCAGAUGACGAUGCUGCGCGGGACCGUGCUCCGGAACACGGCGUGGGUGAUCGGCGUGGUGAUGUACACGGGUCGGGACACAAAGCUGAUGCUCAAUUCGGGGGGCACGCCGAGCAAGCGCAGCAAGGUCGAGCGGCAGAUGAACCCGAUGGUGUUUGCGAACUUGCUCAUAUUGGCUGUCAUGGCCGUCGUGUGCGCCAUCGUGGAUUCGGUGCUCGAACAUCGGCUGUAUCCGCGCGGUGCGCCGUGGUUGUUCGACGACAACCGGUCGGACGAUAACCCGACUAUUAACGGGCUGGUGACUUGGGCGUUCGCGCUCAUCACGUUCCAGAAUAUUGUACCGAUCUCGCUGUACAUCUCGAUCGAGGUCGUGCGGACGUGUCAAGCGGCGUUCAUAUACUUCGAUAAGGAGAUCUGGUACGAAAAGACGGACCAGCCGACGCUUGCGCGUAGCUGGAACUUGUCGGAUGAUCUGGGACAGGUCGAGUAUAUUUUCUCGGACAAGACUGGUACCUUGACUCAGAACCUCAUGGUCUUCCGUCGGUGCUCGAUCGGGGGCAAGGUCUACCGAGGGGACGAUGACGCAGAAGACGAAGUCGUCCUCCUCGACCAGAAGUCAAGCAAGUCGGUCCAGGACCUCCUCCCUCCCUCCGUGCAUCAGUCUCCGUCGCACACGUCCGUAGACAAGGCCCCGCCCACUGGGGACUCUGCGCGCACCGAAAAGCCUUUGGGCGGCGAGCACUUCCACGAUACGGCUCUGGCGACGGACAUCGCCACCGCCGCCACCGCAGACAAGCCGGGUGAGCGCCAUCGGCUCAAUGGAUUCUUCACGGUGCUCGCACUUUGUCACACCGUGCUCGCCGCCGUCGAUCCGCACACGGGCGCGCUGGACUACAAGGCGCAGAGCCCGGACGAGGCCGCACUCGUACAGGCCGCUGCGGACGUCGGGUUCGAGUUCAGAGGACGGGACAAGGACGUGUUAUUCUUGAAGACGCCGUUCGAGCCCGAGGUCGCCCGGUUCAGACUCUUGAAUAUUUUGGAGUUCACGAGCGCGCGGAAGCGUAUGAGCGUCAUCGUGCGGCGGCUGGCUGGGGGCGACGAGAGCCGGGAGGAAGAAGUCGGCGAGCUCAUGCUGCUGUCCAAGGGCGCGGACAACGUGAUCUUCGAGCGGCUAGCGCCCGGCGCGGAGAGGCUCAAGGCAGAGACGGAGGCGCAGCUGGACGAGUUUGCGCGCGAGGGUCUGCGGACGCUGACGCUCGCGUGCCGGACCGUCGAUGCGGGCGAGUAUGCGGCGUGGAGUGCGCGCUACGCGGAGGCGACGGCAGCGAUCGACGAUCGCGAGGAGCUCGUGGAGCGGGUGUCGGAGGAGAUCGAGGGCGGGCUGGUGCUGCUCGGGGCGACGGCGAUCGAGGACAGGUUGCAGGACGGUGUGCCCGAGGCGAUCGCGGACUUGAAGAAGGCGGGGAUCAAGAUCUGGGUCGCGACGGGGGACAAGCUGGAGACUGCCAUCGCUAUCGGACACAGCACGAACCUGAUUGGCCGCGAGUCGAAUAUCAUCAUCGUUCGCGGGCGCGGGGACCAGGGGCGGUCGAUAUAUGCGCAGAUGCUGCACGCGGUCGAGGAGUACUUCCCGAGGAGCGGUCUUUUGGACGAUCCGCUGGUCAUCACGGACGAACUCGAGGGGGGGACGUCGUCCCGCCGCAAUUCGCAACAGAUAUAUCCGCUGCAGCGCGUCAACACGGGCGUGUCGUCGAUCGUGGGAUCGGACAAUGGACACAAGCCGGGCGGGUUCGUCCUCGUCAUCGACGGGCUGGCCCUUACCGACGCGCUGGGCGACGACAAGCAUAAGCAUUUGCUGCUCAAUCUUGCGAUGCAGUGCGAGGCCGUCGUGUGCUGUCGCGUGUCGCCGAAACAAAAGGCUCUAGUUGUCCACCUUGUCAAAGACGGCCUGGGCGCGAUGACGCUGGCUAUCGGCGAUGGUGCGAACGACGUGAGCAUGAUUCAGGCCGCGGACGUCGGGGUCGGCAUUUCCGGGGAGGAAGGCUUGCAGGCUGUGAACUCGUCUGACUACGCCAUCGCGCAGUUCAGGUUCUUGAAGCGGUUGAUCCUCGUGCACGGGCAUUGGUCGUACGCUCGCAACGGAAACAUGAUCGUCAACUUCUUCUACAAGAACAUCAUUUGCAUUGGCGUGCUGUGGUGGUUCCAGAUAUAUUGCGGUUGGUCGUCUGCCUACGUCUUCGAUUAUACAUACUUGCUGUUCUGGAAUUCUUUCUGGACCCUUUGCCCCGUGAUUGCCAUCGGCCUCUUUGAUCGCAUAGUUGACGAUCAUGUUUUGAUGGCGUUGCCGGAGCUCUACCGGUAUGGACGCGAGGGGAAAUGGUUUGACAUGAAUUUGUUCGCUAGGUUCAUGGCCGACGGCAUUGUUCAGUCCGCGAUCAUCUUCUUCGUUUUGCUCUAUGGAUACUUCUCGCCAACCGCCCGAAACGAUGGAUAUGAUGUUGCUCAGUACGAGUUCGCCACGACCAUGGCUAUCUCAGCUGUCAUGGCAGCCAACCUUUUCAAUGGUAUGAACACCAACGUGUGGACGGGCUGGGUCUUUUUUGCUGUGCUCGUCGGUAUCGUUCUCGUAUGGGCAUACACAGCUAUCUAUUCUGUCAUCUCCCCUGGUUGGUUUGCGACAGACGUCUUUGGCAACGAUCACUUCCUCUUCCUCUCACCCUUGUUCUGGUUCGGGCUCCCCAUCACCGUCCUCAUCUCUCUCGCUCCGACGUAUAUCUACAAGGCCUGGAGCUUCGGUUUCAGCCCUAACGAUAUCGAGAUCAUGCGGUGGAACCACAAGCUCAACCCGCGACUGGACAUCGUCAACGAGGCGCACAUGCGCAGUCGCCAGGACCUCCAGCCCUCACAGCCGUCCACGAAUCCUUACGGCGAGCGCCCGCCCGCCUUUGCGCAAGCGAGCCAGAUCGACAUGGCCACGGGCCUGCGGUCGCAAUCGCGUGGGUUCGACUUUGCGACGGAAGAGAACGGCGUGGCGAUGCGGCGCAUGCAGAGCAAUCUCUCCGGUCGCCAUCCGCUGGCGCCGAUCCAGGAGCGCAAACGGCGACCGAGCACGCUGCUCAAGUCAAUACGGCGGCCGCUGCGCAGGAAGAAGCCGCCAACUCCGUCGGAGCAGCUUCCGGAACAGUGA